CUGUGUAUAUGUAUAUAUAUAUAUUUGACGAUAUAUAUAUAUACAUGUAUAGUAUAUAUAUAUAUAUAUAUAUAUAUUUGACGAUAUAUAUAUACAUGUAUAGUCGCAGAGAACUCCCCGGUGAACGGGAGGCAGAAAUGGAAAAAAGGACAAGCGCUGUGACACUGUCUGUAUAUGUGUAUAUAUGCGUCGAAAUAAGUUCCGGAGGCACAGAUGAACACACUGCAAGAAGCUCUCGUUUGACUAACUAGUUGAAGCGAUCGAGUUUGUUCUUCGGUUGAAGGGAUUGAUCAUUGAUGUGAGUUGGAGAGAGACAGAGCGAUGGGACAUACCAGGUUGCACGCGUCCGUAGCUAUCAUCAUCCUCUUCGUUUUCUUCUUCCUGGGAUUCUUUCGGUCGUGUUUCCUCUUUACUGACUUUGUCUACCGGUUUCAAAGGUGUUUUCGGUGUGUUCUUCCUGGGAAACAGGGACAAUCUCGUACGUCUCGCCGUACCGUGGCAUUUUCAGCUGCUGCUGUGCCAAUGUGGCUGUCCUUCGGCUGGACCUGUGGGGGCGCAUGUAUAAACGAACCUGGACAGGAUGAGGAAACGUGCAUAGGAUCAGAACAUGUUACGGUUGGGGCACCGUGGACUUGCAUCUCUCAUCAAUGCAGCACUUCGUCAGAGGCAGUGGCAGGCUUCAGGAGGGUUCAAGCAAUUAUUUGCGUGGCAUGUGAGAGUGGCAGUGACCUCAGGCGGGUGAACAAAGGAGAAGAAUGAGAGGACGGGAGACCAGGAUAUGGGGAACAGUUGUGGGAUUGAGAAAUGUUAGGAGCAAAGAAUGGUGUAAAAUGGAAGAAGAAAGGAGGAUAAAGAAGAAGAAGGAGAAGAAGAAGAAGAAGAAGAAGAAGAAGAAGAAGAAGAAGAAGAAGAAGACGAAGAAGAAGCAUCUUGCGGUAGCGAAUGAGAAGCAGGAGGGGAAGGAGGAGUGGAGGAGCAAGGAGGUCAUUCCUACAACCCGGUGAUUGCCUCUUUUGCGAAGGUAUGCAUGACAAUUUGAUAGCGUUAUGGCGUUCCUGUCAAGGGGAACUUGCAGCGCCGGAUGAAGAGGGCCUGAUCCAGAAGAAAAGGAGGGAGUUGUGCCGUCGUCCUGUUUGAAGAAACGUGGUACGCAAGGUGAGGCAUGAGAAAAUUGUGACAGCGUUGGUGAGACGUGACACCGGCCAUGUUCUUUGCUCGACCUUUGAAACAGUCCAGAGGACAGAGGGACUGAGGAGGAGAGCUCAAGGAUGACGGGAAGCAUUUCAGAUGUAGGAUUGCGGCCAUGAUAAAUGGAACCAGAGGAUGAAGACAUAGACGCACCAAGAGACCAAACACUCUGGAGGCUAGGGUUUUGAUUGGCAUGAGAAGGCGAGAGGAGGGAGGGCAAGGUAUUUGCUGCUUGAUGUGAGGGAGGUAAGAGAGAAGGUGUGUGUGUGGGGGGGGGGGGGGUGGCUACUGGCAGGUUGGAAACGGUGCUUUGUAAGAUAAUGGAAUCAAAGGGAUGUAAGAGAGAAACACUGUGUGCUUGCUUCGUUUCCGAGUUGGAGGGGGUUUGCGCUGAUGUCCUCUACAGUUCCAGAGGGGUUAAAUGGCCUUUGGACUUCCUUCAAGGGCGCGAGCAGCAACUUGAAGAAAUGUUCUUGGUCCAUUGUUUAGUCAGGGCAAUUGUAGUAGGUUGAAAUUUGAUUCAAGAUCAGAUAUCCUUACUGUUUAUUGCGCAUGUGGUUGUGCAUCGUCUUAUUUACUUGCUGGCAGCUUCUGCCAUUUCUAAGAGGGGCUGUGUUCAGUUAUGAUGGUGCUGAAAGUAAUACCAUUGCCGUUCGCUCCUGAGGUUGGCUACUAAGUUACUAACCCUGCUCUGCUCUUGCAGCAGCUGCUGUGGAGAUACUGCAUUCAACUUAGUAUACCAGUUUCAUCAGACGCCAAAAUCCUUGAACCGGGGGAUUGCACUGCUCAGGGGCUGCUUCGCGUACAGGUAGCUGUCGACCUCAACUUCCACUUCUCCCGCAGUGUGAUGGAGUUGGGCUCUAACGCCUUCAUAAAGGAGUAGCAGAAAAACCUCCGGUAUGUUAUCUUUCACAUCCUCUGUCUGCUUAUCAACACUGUGCGCAGCCCCGCGUCAACACUCGUGAAGCUUCUGCAGCCGCAGAAGGGAGCGGUAAGGACAGAAGGGAGUAACAGCUGCAAAGGGGAGGGGUACAGACGUAAGAAGGUAGGCUGGUGAUUUCUUUGGGGGCUAGAUUUCAAGCCUGUGCUUUUCGUGAGGGUGUCUUAUUCCUGCAGUUUUUAGGGCUGUGUGAUUUGAAAGAAGAAGCGACUGGUGCGUAGGAGCUGGUCUGCGAUGAACGAACUCCCUUUUCCAGGUGUAGAUUUUCACAAAGUCUGUUUACAAAUAGUGUGAACAGUGGGUCAAGUGCCCGAAGGUCGUUCUCUCACCAUUCUCUUCUAGUUUUAUACAUCACAUUUUCAAGUGUCCGCUGCUUACCUUGUUCUCAAUAACACCGUCGAGAAUCUUGUUGUUGCUGUUCAUUGUUCACUUCUGCUGAGCAGGAGACAAUGUGAUGGGUUUUGUCCUAACAUUGGUCGCAAUGCACCCACCGCAAGGCAAGGUAGCGUGGGUUCAUGCACCCUCAGAGUGCCGCACACUGGACAUGAUGCACUGACGACGUGGAGUCAUUUUCUUAAGUUUCCUGACUUCUCUGCUCUCUGUGAAUGGCCGUCAUCAAUUUGGGUGUAAUCAGGUUUCGAUGGAGAGAUGGUUUUGUUCAAGAGCACUUGGUAAUC